AGGGGACCCUUGCUGAUCGCGUCCCUUCAGGUUCAGGCUUCUUUGUGGGUGAGACCCACUGAAAAUUGGAGUCGGAAUCAACCCCGCCAACAGCCAAACAGACUCGGAAAAAUGAACCGAGACUGGACAUCUUCACAAGCUUCGACAACUUGACCUCUCACACAGUCGGUCAGUCACCCCAAACGCAAGACUGUCUAAUUAUCGCCAACAUGUCGGUCGAUCAACACCUCCAAGCUCUCACAAAGGUUGUGGUGAACAACCUGGAGAACCAACACGAUUGGACCCAGGUCAAGAUACACACCCAGGACAAUCUCCCUCGACCUCUCCUCUACGGACUCCCGCCAAAGCGUCUCUAUGUGCACCCCGAUGAGCAGAUCGAGAUCAUCAAGGCCGAGAAGGAGUUGAACGAGCGUAUCCCCCAGGAGCCUGAGCUUGAAUGGGUCCUACCACUUCACCUGGCUGAGAAGUGGUCCAUCAGCGACUUCGCGGCCGUCUUUGAUGCCAUCACAGCCAUCCCUCCCGGAGGUGAAUCUGUGAACGCCAACGAGGAUGCUCAGUGGCAGUUGUGGAGGGGCCCGAAGCGUGGCAAGCGCAUCUUGCUCGCGACCGUCCAGGAUGAUUCAACUGUUACGUAUUACUGGAUGCACAACGGCCUCGUGAAGCCCAGACAGAACUGAGAGUUACCAGGCACAACAAAGUUCUACAUCCGUCAGUGUAAUGCGGUGGUGUCUGUCUGUGGAAGUACUUGUAGAUGGCUAGGCUAUCUGAUCUGCUCCGGAUACUCUACCCAUGCGUAUGACAUCUACGGCCCGCAG